AAAUUUUGUUUGAUAAUGUAGGAUAAUAAAAAAGUCCAAUAAUUUCUUCUUAAAGAGAAAGUAGGUUAAGGAGCAUUCGGAGUUGUUUAUAAAGCAGUCGAUGAAAAUACAAAUGAAAUCUUCGCUAUCAAAAGAAUUUUCUCUGGAAGGUCUUAAUAGAUUGAGUAAUCCACCUUCAGGGAAAUAGCUGCCCUCAGCUCUUUAAAGGGGCAAAAUCACAUAGUUCCUUUGUAAAAAGUAAUCUUUGAAAAUGGAUGUGUUUAUAUAGUUUUACCAUUUUAUCCUUACAAUCUUUAUGAACACAUUAAAAAGAAUGAUGAAAUCGAUUAUAAAAAGGUUUUCAAGCAACUUUUGCUUGGAGUUCACAACAUCCACAAAUUAGGCUUCAUGCAUAGAGAUUUGAAACCUUUGAAUAUUCUUGUUGAUGAAAACCAAAAUGUGUUUAUAAGUGACUUCGGUAUAGCCAGAAUGAAUUUCGGACAAUGUAGAAAUUUCAAUUCUAAUUGUGAAAAACAUUCUUCUGAUGUCAUCACUUUGCACUUCAGACCACCUGAAAAUUUACUGGGUUGCUAAAAUUAUCAAGUGUCUGUGGAUGUAUGGUCAUUGGGUUGCGUAUUCUAUUAAGUAGUUAUGAAAGAAAUUCUCUUUAAUGGAGACGCUUAAAUCGAAAUGCUAUUCAAGAUAUUCUCUAAAUUAGGUACUCCCAGUGACUUUAUUGCACCCUCUCUUUGUAACUUACCUUUGUUCAAUGCUGCAGCAUUUCCUCGAUUUUAUCCAACCAAGUAUUUGUAUACAGAAAAGUUACUCUCCAAGAUUGGGUAUGAAGGAGCUGAUUUAAUCGACAGGAUGAUUUAGUUAGAGCCUUCUAGAAGAAUCACUAUUAGCGAAGCUCUUUAACAUUAAUAUUUUCUAUGA